CACUCCCGCUUCUCUCUUCACGCGUCUCACCGCGCUUCGGCUCUGCUUUCCUCUUCGCUCUGCGCCCUCCAGCUCGCAGGUGCGCGUCGACGAGCAGCAGCAGCGGCCAGGGCCGCUCCAGCGCCAGAGAGGUCGGCGUCGGCCAUGUCGGCGCGCCCAGCCGCGGCAGCGAGCGCUGUGGCCGGCCCAAGCUCCAGCCAAGCCUCGGCGGCGGCAGCGGCAGCGGCAGCUCGUCGUGCCGGCGGCGCAUCGACGGCUCGCUCGCAGCCCAGCGGCAGUGCGCCGCACGCCUCUGCCUCUGCUGCUUCUGCUUCGCAUGCCGGUGCCGCCUCGCACGCCUCGCAGUCGCAGCAGGCGCAGGCGUCCUAUGCCAUGCACGGCCUCUCGCAGCCCAGCGGCACGGCAGACGCCGUUGCGCCCUCGCGCUCCAGCGGCCACAGCAGCGGCGGCACCUCGCUCGCCUUGCCACGCCCACCCACCACAGCCAUGGCGCCCUCGCUGCCCGACUAUGCGCAUCUCUCCACGCUCGACGCUGCCUCGCUCGUCGCCAACGUCUUGGCAUUCAACGGCCUCACGCCUGCCUUUCCCUCCGUCUCCUCGCCUGCCUCAGCCUCGCAACCAGACGUUUUGGCCCGUCUGCUCUCUCUCUCCCUCUCCUUCUCCUCCCUCUCGCCUCCCGACCAUCUCAGCAGUGCCCUGUACGCCUUUCUCGCCCUCUCCCUCUCGCCCCACUCGCUGCGCGCCCGCACGCUGCUGGCCGAGGCCCAUCUCGCCUCCACGCUGCCCUUCCCCCUCGACGCGCCGCCCCUCUCGGCGCGCGCAGGCGCCCACGCCGCCAUCGAGCUGCUCACCGCGGGCCCGGCAAGUGUCUUUCGCGACGCGCAGGCGGCAACGCUGUAUGCGCGCGCGUGCGGCGUGCUGGGACGCUACGAAGAAGCAAGCGCCGCGUUGCGCUGGACGGCCGAUGCCUCCUCCUCCUCCGACGACGACGACGAUGCCUCGACUACGCCUCCGGCUUCCGCUUCCUCCUCGACCGCAGCAGCAGCGCUGCCACACCUCCCCGGCGAGGCAGUGCGCGCCCAGGCACACGCCCAGGCGCAGCUUGGCACCCUGGCUUAUAAGAGUGGCAAGCACGAAGAGGCGGCCAGACUCUUUGCGGCUGCGGGCGUGGAUGCGUGGAACUGGCGGGCGUGGUGUGGGAGGUGCGAUAUUGCGACGGAUCCUCCGGCGCAUCAUGUCUUUUCCGGCUCCCUGUCGGCGCACAACGCACAGGCCUUCUUUCCCGCCUUGCUGCUGCAGCGUCUGGCGCACGCGGGCAUUGCCGUUGCCGCCCAAGGCGCCCUCUCGUGGGCGCCGGGACGCGCGCCCGGCGAGGAGGAGCUGCGGGCAGGGAGCAAGGGAGGUGCAGAGGAGAGCAGCGAGACGACGCAGCGCGCUCCACGAAGCGCACGACCGCCGUCCGCCAACAGUGCCUCGACGACGACGACGACGACGCGCAACACUUCAGCAGCGUCAGCAGCACUGGCGCGAGUGCCGCCCCACGUACGUCCCGGCACGCGCGCCGUAGCUCCUUCGGCGGCGCUCAGCGCAGGGACCAAGCGAUUGCGCGGUGUCGGUGCCGCUGCUGGUGCUGAGGGUGCUGCUGCGGGCGCAGGCGCGACGCGAGCGGCUUCCACAGUGACGAGUGUGGCUGCUCGAGGCAGAGCAGCACCAGCACGCCAAGGCUUGGCAUCAGGACGUACAAACGAACAAGCUGCCGCUGUUCGACCUGCCAGUGCCGCCAGUGCCGCUUCGGCACGCAGCGGCGCAGGUGGCGACGAGGAGAAGGUGACGAUUCCGCCGCCGCUGCCUCCCCUGCCGCCGAGCAGCGCUGCGUCGAGCACGCGCCGCACGACGAGAGCGGCCAGUUCUACUGCGGCUGCCAAUCGAACGAGAACGACGGUUCGCACGGCUGCACUGCCGCGCACCACCACGACGGCCGCAGCGUCGACAACCUCCUCUAGAGGCGCACCUUCCUCCAGUGUCGCCAGCACCGUCGGCGCCGCUCCUCGCGUGCGCAAAGUCAUCGAGACGUCCAGUGCCUCCUCCGACGAUGCUCCACUAGGACGCCGAGCUGCGUCCGACGCGCAGCGUCUGCGCGAAGCCAUCGCGCUCUGCGUCGACGAAGCUGCGCUCGCGGCGAGCACGGCGGCGGCGCACUGGAGUGCCGUCGACUGCGAGAUUGUCGAUGUGCUGCGCACGAUCGGCGAGGCCUACGGCGCGCUGAGGCGCCAUUUGGGCAGAAAGGCCACGUGGCUUCUGCGGCCGAUGGGAGGCGAGAAUACGACGGCAUGGAAGGAUGAGGGCGAUCGAAGACGCGGAGGCCUUGCAGCGUAUCUGCGAGACACGCCGACCAUUCGCGUCCUGCUCGCCGUCGCCGCAAGGGAGAUGGGCCGGUACAAGGAGGCGGAGACGCACUUUCUCUUUGCGCGGCGCGGCGAUGCCAGCAUGAUGGCGCAGAUGGACGUCUACUCCAUCGUCCUCUUCCAUCUGGCGCGCGAAGUCUCGCUCUCCAAGCUCGCGAUGGAGCUUUCCUUGCUCGAUGCGGACGCGCCACAGACGCACAUUGCCAUUGGCAAUGCCUUUGCGCUGCAGCGCGAGCAUGCCGCCGCACUGCGAGCCUUUCGCCGCGCCGCACUGGCGGCGCCCGAGUAUGCGUAUGCCUAUGCGCUGGCGGGCCACGAGGCAAAGGCCUUGGCGCAGCACGCCAAGGCGGCGGCCUUCUUUCGCGCCGCGCUGCGCGCGGACCAGAGAUGCUGGAUCGCUUGGGCGGGCCUGGCGGAUGUGUAUUGCUCGGCGGAACAGCUCGACCUGGCAGAGUAUCAUUGGCGCAUGGCCCUCGCCAUCAACUCGGACAAUGCGGUGCUGUGGGAUCUGUACGGACGCUGCCAAGAAGCGCGCAAGAUCUUCGACGAGGCGAGACGCGCUUACACUCGGGCACUGGCCAUUGAUGAAGACUCGUCCAUGACGCGCCUCAAGCUCGCACAGCUCUAUGCGCAGCUCAAUGAGCCUUUCGUGGCGCAUCAGCAACUCCUUCUCGUCCUCUCCCAAGCGCCUGACGAGGCGCUGGUGCAUCUCGAGCUCGCCAAGUCCUUUAUGCGUCUCGGCGGCGGGCGAUUCUCCGGCGUCUCCUUGCCUUCCCAGACCGACGGCCUGCCCGCCUCCGUCUCGGUGCGCGCGCGAGGCGAGCCCAUUGCGCCUCACUCGCAGCACGCAAGCAUCGCGCAUCACCUCUGCGCCGCCGUGCAUCUCGCGCCGCAGCUGGCGCGCGUGGUGCGCGCCAUGGGCGAGGGCCCGCGCGGCGCGCUCAGAGGCGCGGCGGCAAAGGCGGCAGAGGAGGUGGAUGAGACGUAUCGGCGCAGCGCGGAUGAGAGCGAAGAGGGCGCCAUGUGGAACGAUGAGGCCAGCGAAGAGAGAGACGAGGAGAUGAGCGAGGACGAGGAAGCGCAAGAGUGGAGCGCCAGCUUGCCGCAGCCGCACGUGGGAGAUGAGAUGGACACGAGCCUCUGAGGCGCAGUCCUGCGAUCUCUGCGAGGGACCCCCCCCCCCUCCUUCCUUUCCCCC